AUGAUGUCGCAACAUUUUUCGAGCAUGUUCGAACAGAUUGGCAACUUCACAAAGAACAAUCUCGUUACCAAUAACAAGCUGGUGAAAGAGAAAGAGAAUAAGGCUAACGCCAACCACGUAAGCCUUGGUGCUGCAGGAGCGGGAGGCAAUCAGCAGGCGUCGCCUCAUAAACACGCACAGCCUCCACCACCUCUGAGGAAGCCUUGCAAGCUACGAAACCUCACCUCGAAGGCAGAAUCAUAUGACACACUUUACAGCAACAGUACUCUGCAGAGUAAUCAUUUAACAACUUUAGCACUUUUUAUAUUGAAAAAUAAGAGGUGUUAUUCUACUGAAUUCUUGGUGGUCAGAGCCACGUCCACGUAUAUUAUGGAUGAAACAUAA